AUGGAGCUGCGCCGUGAAAGCGUGCCGACAUGUCCGGCAUGUGCUGGUGAGGGCGACAGAAUUCACUUGUCAUCGCGGUGGGAGCUCAUGGACCAGGCUCACGCCGCCUUGGACGAGUUGGGCUGCUGCUGCACGCCAGGGGCAGAGGGCUGCGACUGUCAAAUAGAUGUGGGUGCGCAGGUCAUAAUUUUUGGGCAAAGCAAAAGCAGUGGCUUGAAUGGCCAGCGGGCGCAGACCCUGUGGUGGGAUUUCAACGGCCAGUUCUGGGAGGUCCUGGUGCUGGCGUCGAGACAGGUGAUGGCCAUGCAUUCCUCCGAGAUUGCCUUGGCAGAGGCUUGUGGCGGAACUGAUGGACUGAGCAACUGCCCGUGUUGGCCAUCAGGCCGUGGGCUCUACCCUGUGAGUCUUGGGAACCGAUGCUGUGUCAAACUGGGGAUUGACGAGUGCUCUGGAGAUGCGCACUGUCCGGUUGGCUAUCCCUACUUCCACGGUGCUGAGUACUUGCCGUUCGACUCUCUACUGACAUCGCUGGAUGCAGUUAUACAUUUUCUCCGGCACGACUUCGCCAACUUUUUCCAUUACAAUGACAUGAUCGAUGUCCACCCGCCAGGACUUCCCAAGAUCAUCUUUCACAACUACCGGUCAUGGAUGCAUACGUUUCCUCACCAUCAUCCGCAGUCGGACCAAGCCAAGCUGGAUCGACGGAUUCGAAGGUUCAGGGUCCUCUGCCGCCACAGCCGCGAUGUGCGCGGUUCCCGUCCCUUGCAGUUCGUGCGCUACGUCGGUGACUCGCCCACUGAAUUGCUGAAGCUGGAAGAGCUCUACAGCAUCCUUCGACUUUGGGGUGGUUCGCGAGCCAGGCUUUGUUUCGUGGCCAUGCUCCAAGCUCGUCAGCCUCCUCAGCCUCACCUGCCUCCGCCAGGUUUGACAGGAAGGUCUUCUUCUACCUCGGGUCUAUCUGCAAAAAGCAUCAAAGGUGGCCGGCUCUUCCGCCACGAUGUCUACCCGAAGGUUCUGUUCUGGCUUGUCGACGGCCUUGUCAAUGUCAUGGAUUUUGGACCGAUCCGGCAGGCUCUUCGGUUCAAUGUUUACGAUGAGGCAGGCCUCCUGUAUGACGUGCCCAGCAUUUCCACUUCCGAACUCAUGGCGACACUCCUCCCAUUCAAG